CUCCGUCAAACGUGACGUCGCUGGUUCCCCGCUGAAAAACUGAACUUUUCCACGAAUGAAAAACAGCGAAUCCAAAAAUACUCUCCCCCUCUCUUUCUCUCUCUGACCGGACGCCUCGGAAUAUGCGGACGCUUGCUCGUGGACACCGCAUCCCGCUGUCAAAAUGUUAACGCACUCGCCUCGUCGCAUCGACUCCGUGACUGUUGUGGCGGUUUUUUGUGUAACUGUAUUGUUGGCGAAAAGCUGCGAGUGUGUCACCGAGGAGGACGAUGAGGUGCUGGAGAAAAAGCAGCUCACGGAGUUUUACAGAAAGGGCUUGUUUAUCCUGGAGAGUGUGCCACUCAAACGCUGCAUCACAGUGGAUCGCUCCAAUGUGGUGCUGGAAGACUGCGAGCGUCCCACACGCCGCAUGUUGUGGAAGUGGGUCUCUCAACAUCGUCUCUUCAAUUUGGGCACCAGCAUGUGCUUGGGCCUUAACAUAUCAGAUGCUAUGCAGCCUCUCAGCAUGUUUGAGUGUGACAUGGCUUACCCUGUGCUGUGGUGGCGCUGCCGUGGAAACAUGCUCUACGGGGCAUCCCAGUGGAAGGUGACUGUGUCUGGACGCUUGGUGGUGGUAAAAAAGAACAUUUACCAUGAGUGGAAAAGGUACAACACUCCAAAUGAGGGACCAUGCUCAUUUCCAUAUGAAGAUAUUCACACUUUGUUGGGAAAUUCACACGGAAUGUCCUGUGCUUUCCCCUUUAAUUAUAACAACAAAUGGUAUGCUGAGUGCACAACUGAGGGGCGUGAGGACCAUCUUCACUGGUGUUCGACCACCACUCGCUACGAUCUGGCUGAAAGAUGGGGCUUCUGUCCGGUGAAAGAUUACAGUUGUGAACACUUCUGGGAGUCAAAUCAAGAGCUACGAGCUUGUUACCAGUUCAACCUGUACACCAUCCUUACCUGGAGUCAGGCGUUGUCAACCUGCCAGGCUCAAGGUGGAAACCUGCUCAGCGUCACCAGCCUGGCAGAGCACAGGUACAUCAGAGAUCGACUGUCAAGCGUUGGAGCGAUGGUAUGGAUUGGGCUAAACCACCUUAAUGAUGGACAUGGGUGGCAGUGGUCUGAUGGAGCGCCUCUAGCACUAGUGAAUUUCACCACAGCUCUUCCCACCAGCCCUCUGCAGGACAACAGACAGUGUGGUGUUUACAACUCAGCCUACGAAGGCCACUGGCAGAGUCUGUCCUGUGAGUCUGCUCUGCCAUACAUCUGCAAGAAGACACCUAAUGACACCUACAGAGCUGAGCCGCUAGAGAACUGGCAGUAUAUUCGUACCGAAUGUGCUGAUAGCUGGUGGCCUCAUAAUGGUUUCUGCUACCAUGUACUGCCAGAAACAGAAGCUGGAAGCUGGGAGGAGUCUUCCCAGGCCUGUGGCUCUCAUGGAGCAAACCUCACCAGUCUCCAAACUUUGUCAGAAGUGGAAAUGCUGCUGAUCCUCCUGGCCAACUUUUCUGGGCAGAGUACUGAGGUCUGGAUUGGUCUAUGGAAACGUGCAUCGUCACCAACUGUAGAGUGGUUUGAUGGCUCACCAGUAACUAUUACUCUUUGGCACCAGUAUCACCCUGUUCUCAACCUGACAGAUGUAACGCUCUGUGCCAAAGUGGACAGAGAGAAAGGCAACUGGCUUUUGGGCUCAUGUGAUGAGCGGCUGCCUGCUGUGUGCAGAAGAGAGAGUCAGAAUCCAGUUCAGCUCCAUGGAACCUGGGAUGAAGGAUGUCCUGUGGGGUGGAGGCGGCAUGGUUAUUCUUGUUACACUGUGACUAGUCAUGAACAAAACUAUGAAAAUGCACUGAAAGGAUAUUACUGCAAGGCUCCUCUUGUUACUAUAGAAAACAGGUUUGAGCAGGCAUUUGUCAACAGUUUGCUGAGUGCGAGUGGAGCCAACAGUAGCAUGCAUUACUGGAUCGGUCUCAUAGACCAGGAGAAGGAGGGGACUUACAGCUGGCUUCCUCACAAUGGCUCAGCUCUGCCUCUCAUCUUCACAAACUGGAAUAAACACCAGCCAGUCAGUGCUGGUGGAUGUGUUGCCAUGUCAGGUGGACCUGCUCUGGGUCACUGGGAGGUGAAAGACUGCAAGUCACACAAGGCUCUGUCCGUUUGCAAGCAGAGUGUGAGCAGCUACCAUGACAUUGAGCUGCCAGAGCACCACAUUGAUGCUUAUGCCCCCUGUCCUCCAGGCUGGGAAUCACACUCUGGGUUGCUCCACUGUUUUAAGGUGUUCCACGAUGAGAAAGUCCUGAUGAAGCGCUCCUGGGUGGAAGCGGACUUCUUCUGCCAGGCCCUUGGGGCUCAGCUGGCCAGUUUCCAGCACUAUGAAGAACAGCUUUUUGUCAAGUACCUGCUCAGUACCAUGUUUGAAGGAACAGAGGGCCGCUGGUUCUGGGUUGGUUUAAAUAAGAGAGACCCUGAGCAUCCUGGAGUCUGGGAGUGGUCUGAUGGUUCUCCAGUUGUGAAGUCUUUCAUUGAAGAUAAAAAUGAGGAGGAUGAUAGGAGGGACUGUGCUGUGUACAGUGACCUGACCAACACUGUUACACCACAGCCCUGUGAUAACAAACAUGAGUGGAUCUGCAAGCUGUCAAGAGGUGAUAAACUAAAGAAACCGUACUGGUACACUGAGCAGAGUGAACCCUGGGUGUUUUACCGUGGAGCUGAGUACCUGCUGGCCAAGCAGCCCUUCGACUGGCACUCUGUUUCUCUGGCCUGUCAGAUGAUGGGAGCCCAUCUGAUGUCCAUUCACUCCAGAGAGGAGCUGCACUUUGUCAAGGAGCGCUUGCGACGGCUCUCUUUGGGCCCAACUGACUGGUGGAUUGGCAUGUCCAUCGGCCUGCCUGGAGAGGAGGUCAGGUGGAGCGAUAAGACAAUGAUUGAAUUUCACAACUGGGCUGACGGGAGUUUUGACAGUAGCCUUAAAAAACAUGGGAUGUGUGUCACCAUGAAUUCCUCAACAGGAAAGUGGUCCACAAGUAAAUGCAACAACCUCCAUGGCUAUGUGUGCAAGAGAAGGACAGUUUCUGUGGUGGAGACCCCGAGAGAGCCUCACUAUAUUGGAGGAUGUCCAGAGAAGUGGCAGUACUUCGGACAUAAGUGUCUUUUGCUUCACCUCCCUGGCAGUCCAAAGGAGGGAAAGAGUUGGAAAGAUGCCCAGUCCAUCUGCUCCUCGUUUGAAGGUUCGCUGGUUGCCAUAGAAGAUGAGAUUGAACAAGCAUACAUCACCAUGUUACUCCAGGGGAGCUCAGUAGGUGUGUGGAUUGGUCUGCGGGAUGAAGACACAAUGAAAUGGACCAAUGGAAAACCAGUCAGCUACACUAACUGGUCUCCUAUUGAGCCAAAGAGCUACCUCACUGAGGAUGAGUGGCUUACUGGCUUUGCUGAUGAACCCCUUUGCACAGUUUUAUCUAACAACCACAACUUCCACCUGACUGGGAAAUGGUACGAUGAGAAGUGCAGCGAGAGCGGGUAUGGAUUUGUUUGUCAAAAACCCCAAGACACUUCCAAACCCCCCACCCACUCCUAUCACCACCCUCUUCCUGACAAUAUUGAGUACAGAGACCGCAGCUACAAGGUUGUCUCUGGCAACAUGAGCUGGUAUGACGCGAUCCGUAUGUGCACAGAAAGUCAUUCAGACCUAGUGAGCGUUACAGAUGCCUACCACCAGGCUUUCCUUACUGUCCUUGUCAAUAGAUUGGCAGUCCCACACUGGAUUGGACUGCAUAGCCAAGACAGUGGCAUCAAUUAUCAGUGGUCAGAUGGCAGUGACACAGUGUACACACACUGGGAUGCAGCUGACGAUGAGGACGACGACUUUGUUACCGGAGAGUGUGUGUACAUGGAUGUGAGCGGAGGUUGGCGGAGAGCUGACUGUGAUACCAUGCUACCAGGAGCCCUGUGUCACGUUCUUCCACCAAGCAGUAAACCAUUUGUCUCGUAUGAGAUGACAUGUCCCUCAACUUGGGUGAAAUUCAGACAUGGCUGUUACAACUUUGAACCUGUGGUGGAGAAACUGACUUUUGAAGAGUCAAGAGAGCACUGCAGACGCAAAGUCAACACAUCAGAUGUCCUGACUAUUGAGAGUGAAACAGAAAAUCGCUUUGUUCUGGAGCAGCUGUGGUCCUCAGGGUUAUCUCACCAGACCAUUUGGUUGGGGAUGUACUUCAACAUUGACACUGAUUCUCUGGCGUGGGUGGAUGGUUCACCGAUGGACUACACGAACUGGGCCGACAAAGGCCCAGACACCAAAAUGCUGACCGCAGAUGCUUGUGUUACUACCGGAGUGGUUGAUGGCAUGUGGCACUUGUCAACAUGCACCAAACAGCUCGGCUUUAUCUGCAAAGCUAUUUCAGAUGGAGCUAUGGAGGUGGAAGUGGAACCAUUAAAUGGUUUACAUCAUGGUGUUAUCCCUGCUGCAGUGCUGGUGGCUGUGCUGAUCUUUGCCCUGCUGGCAGGGGCCGUGUGGUUUCUGUACAAGAGGAAUUCUGCAAGUUUUCGAGGCAUCCCCACACUUGGUAGCGCUUAUUACAGACAAACCAGCUCUCAAGCAACAGAGUCAGAUGGGAAUGUGUUGAUCACAGACCUGGAGGCUCACUCAGGAGAAUAGCACCCAAGAUUACUGUUAAUCUCCCGUUCUCAGCCUGCAUCUUGCCGUUUCACCAGCAGGUACAAGUGCCAUGUGACACUGUAAAGCUUUGACGCUGACUCCUCAGGACAGUGCAGAAAUGAUGACAUGUUGGAAGGAUCCCAGUUGCUCUCUAGUUUUGAGUAAUUCAAAACAUGCUUAUGAGACAGAAGUGUGAGCUCUACUUUUUGUGUCGACACUGAAGAGCCCACAUUUGAAUUUAUGUUUGAGCUAAAAAAAGUUACAUAAAUGAGUGGUUGGUAUACUAUGAUAUGGUAUAGUAAGGAAUACUGGAAAGCUUUAAACUAGUUAAGAGGUACUCUGUUUAUUACCUAUGAUACUGAGGUUUGAGGUUUACUUCAGUUUAAUGGGUUCACAGUUCUAAUUUGAUUUGGAUUAAGGUUUCAUAAGAUUUGAAACAGAUGAAGCUCAAUUUUGAUUUACCCAGGGUCAAAAGUAAAACUUUUGACUUAUAAUUUUUCAUAAAUAAGAAGUAGAUGAAUGAUAAAAUGUAAAUAGCUGCAGAAUCUGCUAUCUAAUUUGGUAAAUUUUGUUCAGAAUUCAGGAUCUGAUGAAUUUGAACAUAUGGUACAGAAAUGUUGACAGUAUUACUUUUGUAUUUGGACUUUAUUUUUACAUGUAUACAUGCUGUAUUUUGACAUGUUUUUGUAUGUUCAAACAAAUAGAAAAUAUGUAUAGCACGAGUGAUGAUUGGACCUGGUCUUUCCUCCUGAUUUAUUGACUAAUCAAAGCAAAUUAAGGGAUGUACUUUUUGCACUUUUUUUGCAUUUGAAUAAAUUGAAAUUGGAUUAAAUUUUUCAGAGUUGUGCUGUGUAAUAUUAAGGGGAACAGGAGUUGAUCAGAGGUAUGUAAGAAACAAAGUAUGCUAAUUUUCUUAACAUUUUACCCCUCCACCCCCAAUCUAAUAGGACAGAAAAUUCUCCCCAAGAUGACCACAAUUUAAUAUUUCUUUUGUACAAGUGGCAUUAGAGAAUCCUAAAAACUCAACAGUAAAAA